AUAAAUAACACUUCAUGUUCGCUCUCUCUCUCUCUCUUUCUGUCUGAACACAGAUUAUCGCUGGCUUCCAGUCUUGCCACCCAUGUUCCUCCUCCAAAUUCUCUCCUCUUGAUCAUUUUCACCAUCAAAUUUCACACACACUAACACGGAUACACUGUGUGAAUGCUUUUAAGGCCAUCAGCCCUUUGGCUUCAGUUGUCUUGCAACUAGUACUAUGGCUUUUGUCCCGGCGGAAUCCAUGUUCCGCAACCAUGAAGACAGCCAUUUUCCAUCAUCUUCACCUUGUGCUCCUCAGGAUUUCCAUGGCGUGCCCGAGUUCUUGAUGAGGAGAUCCAUGUCAUUUUCAGGGAUGGAGCGGCCAGAAGAUCAAUUGCAGCCAGAGGACGAGAUGUCGGACGACGGUUCACAACUGCUAGGGGAGAAGAAGAGGAGGCUGAACCUGGAGCAGGUGAAGGCCUUGGAGAAGAGCUUUGAGUUAGGCAACAAGCUGGAGCCGGAGAGGAAAAUGCAGCUAGCUCGAGCUUUGGGUCUUCAGCCCCGGCAGAUUGCUAUAUGGUUCCAGAACAGGAGGGCCAGGUGGAAGACCAAACAAUUGGAGAAGGAUUAUGAUAUGCUGAAGAGACAGUUUGAGGCACUCAAGGCUGAUAAUGAUGCCCUCAAGUCCCAGAACAAGAAGCUUCAAACACAGUUAUUGGCCCUGAAAACAAGAGACUCAACGGGAUCAGGAGCAAUCAACCUGAACAAAGAGAACGAGGGUUCCUGGAGCAACGUAAGUGAGAACAGUUGCGAGGUCAACCUCAACACAACAUCAACAGACAGCACAUUGUAUCCUCAUCCUCAUCAUCAUCAAACCAACAAAAACCCCGUCAUUAAUUUCCCUUCAGCCAUCGGCCCUUCCAGCCUAACACAACUCCUCCAAAGGCCGGACCAUCACCUCCAACUAUGUCAAAAGAUGGAUCACGCCCCCGUCUCCAACGACGGCUUCGGCAACAUGUUUGGCGCCGGCAUUGAAGAAAACCAGGAUUUCUGGCCAUGGCCCGAACAGCAAAAUUUCAAUUAAAUAAUCAAGAACGAAAAUGAUACAGACAGUCCUUCUCCAAUCUUGAGCCCGGCAUGUGAAAUGCAAAGCAUGCAAUGGAAAAAAGUGAAAACAAAAUUGGUACUAGCUAGGCCAGUAAGCCCGAUCAUGAGUUACGACGACCCUGCUGCCUCUGAAAAAUUACAGAUUUCUUUUAUUUUCCUUUUUUGUUUUCUUGAAAAAGACGUCCAUCAUAAAUAUAUAAUUCACGAUCCAUGUUUUAGUUUUAAAUUCUUGGACAUAGUUUGAAGCCCCCUUAAUUUGUCAAAAAUA